GCAAACCGGAAAUGAAAAGAAUAAACUAAAACACUGUUUGACGACAAAUAUUCCGGAAAAAUAUUUCUUUGGAAAAUGCAAUACGGAAGUUCCGGUUCUUAGUUCAAGGGACUAACUUGUUACACAGUUUGACCUUUUGAUACUGUGAAAUGGAAGAUCAGGCAAGUCAGAUAGAAAAUGCAAUCAAAGAAAUUGACAAAGUCAAGAGAAAGCUUCAGCAAAAUGUCAGUGAGGUUAAACUACAAGUCCAGACAGCUGUGAGUCGUAAUCUGGAAGCGUUUAGGAACCGGGAGGUGUGGCUCCUUAACCAGGUGGAGUUGUUACAGAGUGCUAAGGAGGAGGUGCUCAGUAACCAGCAGGCAAAGCUACACAAAUUACUAGGGGUCAUCCAGACCCAGAAGGGGGGACUAUCCAAAGCAAGAAUUGAUCCCACUGACCUGAAGCCUGAGGAAUCGCCGUACUUGACCUUCCGCUGUGAUGCCGGCUCACUCAGGGAGAACAUCAACAGCUUUGGUAAGAUAGACGCCAGCGGUCUGCCCCACUCCGUAUUUGUUCCUGCGGGGAAUCCGUCGACCAGUCUGCCGAAACAUGUGGAGGAAUAUGAGGACCCUGAUCACCACAUCUUGUAUAAAACCAUAGAGGAGGUCCACCAAUCCAAGACGUCCAACUCUUGUAUUGAUGUAAAAAUUCCCAAGCUUUCUCCUAAUGCUGAGGACUGGCUGGCCAAGCCUUCCACCAUUUCAAAGAUGUCUGUGUCUGCCCCAAAAUUCUCCAUGCCAAAUUUAAGCAACAAGAAGAAUGAUUGGUUGUAUCAGUCAGGUGACAGCAAGGGUCAGGGGUCAGUGUGCUCCUUCACUGAUAGUGUCUCCUCCACUAUGUCAGAUAAGGCUGUGUCCUUGACCUCCAGUCACAGUGUACCUUUGUCCUUGACCUCCAGUCACAGUGUGCCCUCCUUCUCCUCUCAUGGGACUUUUUCCAGCACCAAGAGCUGGCUGAAGCAGAUUAAACAGGACUUUGAGGAUGAGGAUGAUUUUGAGAUUGUGGAAGGAGGGGGAUCAACUGGUACUCCAGAAAUGGACACUGAGUUCCAGCAUGAUUUUGUGAUUUCCCCCUCCCACUCUGUGCCAGACUUGCUACAGUGGAAGUACAAGCCCUCCUCCACGGUGUGGCUGAAGACUAGCCCCUCCCCCAGCUCUAUCCACAGCCAGAACUCAACUCAAAACAAGACCCACAAUGUAUUCCAAACAUACUUUGCUACAGUGUCCCAGGACACCAAACACUGGCUUGCCAAGAAGUCAGAUAGCUGUUGUAGCCAGACCUGUCAGUCCAAGAAAGCCAUGGACAUAGAGAAUUUGGGGUCAUGUAUAGGCCAUGAAAAUCCCAAGGCUAGUGACUUCACCUGGCUUUGUGCAGCUGAAGAAAAGUGUCAUGAUGUGAAGGAAUGUUCUUCAGAUCCCAGCUGUCUGGAUAAAUUCCUUCAAAAGAAUCCAUCCUGUAAACUCACCUUCACCACUCCCGCGGGCAUCUCCAACAAAGUACGCAAAACCUACACUGGCCCAAUAGAUAUUAAUGCAUGGUUACUGAAAUCAGGACAUGCCAAGUCUUCUAGCAGUAACACUCCCAAUCCAUUCAGCAAGUACCUUAGUAACACCAGUGAGCAGCUCUCUGAUUGGCUGAAACCGAUGACAUCAACCAAUAAAAAGGCUACUUCAGAGGUCGUGUCAUUCGACCAUAUUGACACCAAUCUAAUGGCAUGGGUUAAAGCUCCUGAUAGUAAGAUGGUAGAGAAGGCUACUGCAGAGGGCCAGAUAACUGCCAUACCAACUAUUGCACCAGCAGAGAACCAGGGUUGGCUGAUGAAGAAACCUGUUACAAGUACCUGGCUUAGUGGGUCCAGCACCAGCAAAAGUAAAAGUGAAAGUAGCAGCCUGUUUCAGAACUUUCAAGACAAUAAUUCAAAGUGGUUGCUUAAGUGAUGAACCUAUCAUUUUUUCAUUUGAACAGCCGAAUUCUUCUUUGUGUUUAAUAAGUUAAAAAUAGUUUAAGAUAUAUUUACUGUUGUAUAUGUAAUUUUGGCAAUUUUUUCCAUUAUUUUAAUGAAAAGGCGGAGGGGUUGUUUAAUGCAUUCGCAAGUUAAAUUGCAGCAACUAGAAAUACUUUUAACAAUUGGUGUUGCCAAUAAAUGAAUGAACUGAGUUUGAUUUCCCUGUAAAUCAAAAGCAGAAAUGAUUGCCAAUGAUUCCAUAUGCAUCAGGUGUUUAUAUUUUUUUUGGGUCAAAAUAUAUGAAUUUAUAAAUAUUUAGUAUAUAUUAUGUAUGUAUUGAAACUAUAAAGAUAAAUAUACAUGUAUCCUUGUAUUUUAUAACUUGUACUAGUGCCCUGAAAUUUUGGUUUUGAAACCUGCAUGAUUUUACUGGUGUAUCUAUGAGAAUUGUAUCUUUGAUAUUGAAGUACAAAUUCAAUUACAGUCUUAUUCUAAAAUGGGAUUGUCAUGCUAAU